AUGGCUGAACUAGCCUGUGACACGUCUUCUGAGGAGUCCCUCAAUCCCCAAGAGUCUCAGAAGGCUGGCCCAUCUGCCCCGCCAAAGGAGAAGAAGCCCAGGUGCUCCAGCCAUUCCAGGUGCGUGAGGCGCCGUGGCCACUGCAGGUACCAGGACAGUUUUGCCACCUAUUUCCCCAAGAUGCUAAAUCAGGUCCAUUCGGGCCUCAGCCUCUCUCAGGCGACCGUGAGCAUCCUGGACUCCUUCGUCAAGGACAUGUUGGACCGCAUCGCCAGCGAGGCCAGGCGCCUGGCCCGCCAGAACAAUCGUGUGACCAUCACCUCCAGAGAGAUCCAGACGGCCGUGCGCCUCCUGCUGCCCGGGGAGAUCGGCAAGCAUGCUGUGUCCGAGGCCACCAGGGCCGUCAGAAAGUCACAUCACCGAAAGUGA